AUGGAUAAGGAGGAGACUAGCACUAAUAGCUUUAAAACCAAUUUGGGAAGGUUUUUAUUAGCUAUGGUAUUUAUUUUGCAUGGAGCUGCGAUUUUAAUAGACUCUGCUAAGUUUGAAAACCAACUUGUGGAAGGCUACGCAAAAACAUAUGCUAGAUUUUAUGAAUAUACAAGAAUCGCGCUUUUUUUUACCCCUGCAAGGGUCGCUCUAAAUUCUAAGAUCAUUGCUCUUUCUGCUGCUGUUUUUGAACUGUUCUCAAGCUUUCUUCUGAUUUGCAAUUUUAGAAUAGGUGCUAAAUGGUUGAUCGCAUUUCAGAUUCUUUUGGUAAUUUUUGUGGAAAAUCAUCUGAAUUUUUCAAAAAAUGCGGCUGAGUGGUCAAUGAUUUCUAUAUUAAAUUUAGGAAUUGCUGCGGGGCUACUAUUUUUAUGUGGGUCUCAAUCAUCGGAAAAAGAAAAAGCAGAAUAA